GCUGAGCCAGCGGACUUUGUGCACGUGUUUGAUGUGAGAAAUGGGUACGAGGGAGAGCAGGAGAUAGACUUCUUCGGGGAGAUAUCAGGAAUAUCGUUCAGCCCGGACACAGAGAAGCUAUUCGUUGGGGUAUGGGACCGUACAUAUGGUAGCCUGAUGGAGUACAGCCGGCGAAGGAACUACUCGUACCUUGAUUCAUUCCUUUGAGAACCCAGAACUUGGAAGAAAAACACCGUCCGAGGAAAGAAAAACAUACUCCAUUUUCACUCUGAAGAAACGCGAUUUCUCGUAGGUGUGGUGAAUGAGAAGCCAACCAGAAUUGAGAAAAGAUGUCAGAAGCGAAGAUCUCUCAUCCACAAAGAGCCAACGAGAUAAAGCCACGUCACUUGGCCGCAAUCUAUUUCUGCUGAAUUCUGUCCUCACAACCAGAAUCACCGACCCUGAAAAUUAUUAUCAUCAUCUAUACCUACCCACACUUCCAUUCACUCAACCCAAAAUCCAUCCAGAAAUGGCGACCGCUUCCUCCGCUUUGCUCUCUCCGGCGACCUUCUCCUCCGCCGCAUCAAACCCUAGAUCCAUCUCCUUCCACGGCCUCCGACCCAUCCGCCUCGGCGGCUCCUCCUCCGCCGCGCCCCGGCUCUCUUCCACCGCGAGGAGACCCUCCUCCGCCGCCGUGGUGAAGGCGGAGCUCAGCCCCUCCGUCGUGAUCAGCCUGAGCACGGGUCUCUCCCUCUUCCUGGGCAGAUUCGUGUUCUUCAACUUCCAGAGAGAGAAUGUGGCAAAACAGGGCUUGCCUGAGCAGAACGGGAAGACCCACUUCGAGGCCGGGGACGACCGAGCCAAGGAAUACGUCAGCCUCCUGAAAUCGAACGACCCUGUCGGAUUCAACAUCGUCGAUGUCCUUGCUUGGGGCUCCAUCGGACAUAUCGUUGCUUACUACAUCUUGGCCACUUCCAGUAAUGGAUAUGAUCCCAAGUUCUUCGGCUGAUUCGAUUCUCUCACUCUCUCUCCCUCUUUUUUUUUUUUCUUUCCAUGGAAUUGUUAUGUAUAGUUAAUUGUUCGGAUGAUGAUGUUCUCUCUCUCUCUCUCUUGUUCUUCUUCUGUGACGCUCGGUGUUGUGUUCUCUGAUCUUUAAUUCUGUCUUCUCCUUCUUCAAAUCAUGAAAUCAAUUCAUGCCAUUGCAAAUAGUAUUUUAUUUUCAGGUGA